AUGCUGUCAGAAGGGUAUCUCAGUGGACUUGCUUACCGGAGUGACAUCCAGUGGAGUUGUACAUCUUAUAAUGAGCAGGCGGCUGAGGAAAAGGAAGAGGAGACAGAAACCACAGCUGCUGCUGCUCUUCCCUAUUCCUCCGUGGAUGAAACCCAAGUCCGAAGUCUCUAUGUGAGAUGCAAAUCCUCAGGCAAGUUUAUUUCUUCAGUGCAUUCAAGAGACAGCCAACACAGUAGAAAUCCGAGAAUCACAGUGUUGCAGACAAACCCCAAUCCCGUGUUUGAAAGCCCAAACUUGGCCGCCGUUGAACUAUACAGAGACCCCAGCAGAGAGACCUACUUGGUUCCACCUUCCUGCAAGAGUAUCUGCAAGAAUUACAAUGACUUACAUAUUGCAGGGGGCCAGGUGAUGGCCAUUAAUUCAGUGACAACAGAUUUUCCCUCUGAGAGCAGUUUUGAACAUGGCCCUUUGCUGAAAUCGUCUGAGAUUCCUUUGUCCAUGGAGGAUUCCAUUUCCCCUCAGCCCAGCGACUUCCCACCCAAACCUAUCCAGCGGUAUUCAUCCUACUGGAGAAUAACCAGCAUCAAAGAGAAAAGCAGCCUGCAAAUGCAGAAGCCUAUUUCGAAUGCAGUGCUGAACGAAUACCUGGAGCAGAAGGUGGUGGAGUUAUACAAGCAGUACAUCAUGGACACUGUGCUUCACGACAGUUCUCCUACCCAGAUUCUGGCAUCUGAACUCAUCAUGACAAGUGUGGACCAAAUUAGUAUUCAAGUCUCUAGAGAGAAGAACCUGGAGACCUCAAAAGCCAGGGAUAUAGUCAUUAACAGCCUUUUACAGUUGGUGUCAACUGAAGUCAGCACUCCUGAAAUCAGCACUCCGAGUCUCCAUAUUUCUCAGUAUAGUAACGUGAAUCCAUAG